AAAUCAACAAGGACCCCAAAAAUUAUUUUUAUUAUUUAUUUUCUUUUGUUAAAAAAAAAGGAAAAGCUCCCACCAAAGAAGAGGAAGGAGUCCGGUAAUCUGGGUUGUGUUUCUACAAGGAAUUGAAAUUGGAAUACCCCCAAAAACAAAGGCAGCCAGCAAACCCCACCUCUUUCUGUUAACCCUUCCCUCACUUUAAAUUCUUCUUCUCUCUCUCUCUUUGCCUACAAAUAUGCCAAUUCUUCUCUUCUUUUCUCCUUACUUCUUCUUCCUACACUUUUCUGAUUCUUUCAAUCCUAAGUUUAUCUUACUUUAAUUCCAUUCAUUUUAUUUGAUUUGAUUUUCACUUAAAGUUGUCAUCUUUCACCCCUUUUCAAUCAAUCUUUGUUUAGGGUUUUUAUUUCUUUUUUUAAUUAGGUUUUGCUUCAUUCUUCCAUUGCUUUACUCCUCUAAAAAAAACUCUCUUUUGGUUCUAUAAAAACAAAGAAAAAUUCAAGUUUUUAGGUACUGUGUUCAUUACACAUUGCUUCUUUGAUCCUUUGGUUAUAGUUAGGAUUUGGUUUAGGGGUGUUUUGAGUCUCUUGGAGGAGUAAGAAGAUUUACUCAUGGGUGAAGCGCCAGCUUUUCUGUUUGAUGAUCUGCAGAAAAGUAAUGGAAAUGGGGUUGAUUUGUUUUGUAGGGGUAGAGAAACAACAACUAUUGUAGGUAAAACAAAGUACUUGAUUGGGGAUUAUGAUGAUUCAACAUUGUCCAUUGGAGUUAAGGUUUUUGACAACUCCUUGGAAAACUGGAUAUAUCCUGCAGUUUUGGGCACUAAGCCAUCUCUGAGCUCUGAUCUUUGGGCUCUGCCGCUAGGCGAAGAUCGGGUUUUGGUGAUCAAGAAUGGUGCAUCAACAGAUGAUAAUCUUUGGUUUCUUGAGGUGGACACACCAUAUGUUAGACAACAGAAAAAGGUUUUAGGGAGUGAUAAUGUUGUGGCUUGGAGUAAGGGAGUUAUGGGGUAUGCUGGGAAACCUAUUGUUAUCAGUGGUCCUUCUGGUGUGGGCAAGGGCACUUUAAUUGCCAUGCUCAUGAAGGAGUUUCCGUCGAUGUUUGGAUUCUCUGUGAGCCACACAACCCGCGCUUCCAGAGAGAAGGAGGUUAAUGGGGUUCAUUACCAUUUUACUGAGCGAAGUGUAAUGGAGAAGGACAUAAAAGACGGAAAGUUCCUCGAGUUUGCUCAAGUCCAUGGAAACUUAUAUGGAACUAGUGUCGAAUCUGUUGAGGUUGUUGCUGAUUCAGGAAAGAGAUGCAUUCUUGACAUUGAUGUUCAAGGUGCAAAGUCAGUGAGGGCUAGUUCUCUUGAUGCGAUCUUUAUCUUUAUAUGCCCCCCAUCAUAUGAAGAUCUCGAGAAGAGGCUUCGUUCUAGAGGGACUGAGACAGAGGAGCAGCUUCAGAAGCGUCUUCGCAAUGCCAAGGGAGAACUCGAACAGGGAAAAUCUCCCGGUCUCUUUGAUCAUGUCCUGGUCAAUGAUGAUCUUGAGGCCUGUUACCAGUCUCUAAAGAAUCUCCUGGGCUUAGAUAAAUCUGCUGACAAAACAAACCAAUCUGUCCCAAAGAUUGGUUUUCCUAUGGUGAAUUUGGUAUCAAAAGUGGGUAACAAAAUAUACUUAAAUUCUACAAUGUUAAAUCUCGGAAAUGCAUCAAAGAACUCGUUUGUGCUGGAUGUCUCUUCACUCAAAGGAGGGGCACCCGGACGGACACGAGGUUUAGAUCUAUAUUCCGUUUUCUCAUUGGCUAAUGGGUUCGGAAUGCUGAGUUGACAUCCUUCUAAACAAGCUAACAGCCAACUUAUUUUUUUUUUUCAAUUUUGGUCAUUUUUUCCAUACCAUUGUUUCCUUUACCAUCAAAAUUGGAGUGGCAAUUGUUGCCAGUCUUGCCACAAAAUUUCGAGAAUUCGAAUGGUCGAGCUUAGGAAAACUCGAUUGAGAUACAUUCAUUCAUCUAUUGUUUGACGAUUUUAGUAAUGAUGCAUUAAGCUAUUGUUUGGGUGGAAUCUCUAGUUUGGAUUAUACAUACAUGUCCUUUAAUUACUUGAAAGUUCAUGAAUGUAAUACGAGUAGUUGGUAAUUUGGUGUUAGGUUGGUUAACUGGCAUAAGAUUAGAUUGUUGUGGGGUCAUGAUAACCCCAAUUUGGUCAAAACCAAAAGUGUUUUAACUUUCAAAAUUACCCCUACUUUAGGUAAAUCCGAAAACGCCUCGAGGCUCAUUAGUGGGAAUAUUAUUGUAAUGGGUAGUUAUUCCCGCAACUUGGAGAUGGAUUUAUCAUUGCUCGUGGGAUUGGGAGCUCAUUUGGUUAAAUCACUAUUUUUAGAUUUAGUAUCUCCUUGAUAAAAAAAGAAAAAAAUAAAAAAUCAUAAUAGCUCAUCAAUAACUUUAAAAUUCACUUACCUAUAAAAAUAAUAAUGGUAAUCCUAUUAUAUCUUUUAAAGCUUUGGAAAAAGUAUUGAAGACCCAAGUCUACUCUCAAAGUCUCAAUGCAUUGCCCCAUACAAAACAAAAGGAUUAUCUUAACUUGGGAGGGUUUUAAACAAGCUUAAACAGAUUGUCGGUAUAUCAUAUACAGUAUCUAGUACGAGUAUAUUCGAGUGUAAUGGAAAUUAGCACUUUAGAGGACAAUAAUAUUUAUAAUUUAUUGUAUGAUGUACUUUUAACGUUUUAGUUGGAAGGAGCUUUUCCAUUGAUGCCUUCUCAAGUUGCAAGUUGACCAGGUCUAAAGUUGUGUACCAAAUGUAUAGCUGACAAAUGCAAGAGGCGCCUUCCUUUAUUUAUUUUCUUUCGGCCGCCUUUUACUAGUAUACGUGUUCUUGAAUCUUGACUAUGAAUAAUCCAUUCACUUAUAUACCCUAAAUUACGGACUAGUUGACAAGCUGAUUUGUUCUAGACGUUAUUAUCAUUUCUUCCCAAUUAAUUGUUGUUAGUUUUUUA